GUUGAAAUUUUUCGUGGGAUGCAAAAACACUUCAUGACAUAGUUAAAGAUAUAUUGAGUCGAAAAUUUUAAUUUUAAAUAAAUACAAAAGGCAAAACAGAUAUUAGCAGCAUCUGGCCUGAUAAUAAAAUUAUAAAAUUGUCUUGUACAAAAGUUUGCUCAAUCGAUAAUAAUAUUCAGAAUCUGCCACUCUCUCAUUGUCUAAAUUAUCUAAUUGUAGCUUCGAUAAUGGCGGGCAGCGGCGGCGGAACCUCGACCCCAAAUACAGCCCCCAAAAUAUUGCUAUCAAAGCCUGGCCUUGUCUCCGCAGGCAAAUUCAAUAGAGGCGGCGGUGGUGGUGGAGCCGAGGAGGACGCUGCGGCGCUCCGCUCUCGCCUUCCGUCCCUUGGGUCGCUUAAUCUCCUCUCUGAUUCGUGGGAUUUCCAGAUUGAUCGAUUUUUACCGUUUUUGACGGAUAACACUGAGUUUACAGUGGUGGGUGUAAUUGGGCCACCAGGGGUGGGGAAAUCAACCAUUUUGAAUGAAAUUUAUGGGUUUAAUUCUUGGUCGCCAGGGAUGCUACCUCCUUUUGGCGUAGUAUCAGAGGAAACAAGAGCGACAGCUAGGCAUUCGACAGUAGGAAUCGAACCCAGGGUCUCCGCCGAAAGGAUCAUACUUCUUGAUACACAGCCUGUAUUUAGUCCUUCGGUUUUAGCAGAGAUGAUUAGGCCCGACGGGUCAUCCACAAUGUCAGUUAUAAGUGGUGAAUCCUUGUCUGCAGAACUAGCCCACGAGAUGAUGAGCAUACAGCUUGGCAUUCUUCUUGCGUCCAUUUGUCAUAUUAUUAUCGUGGUAUCCGAGGGAGUUCAUGAUGCUAGCAUGUGGCGUUUGAUGCUGACGGUGGAUCUAUUAAAACAUGGAAUACCGGAUCCAUCUUCUACAACACUUUCUCAUCCACAUAGCUCCACGAUGAGCUCCGACAAAGAAGUCUCUAACAAGCCUCUCGAGAGUGGAGACGAAUACAUGGCAUCUCCGAUUUUUGUGCACACCAGGAUUCGCGACCAAGACAACACUCCGCGGAACUUUCAGGCAUUGAAGAAGGCACUAGUGCAGUGCUUUAGCACUUCUCUGUUUGUAAGAUCGGAAGGCCAAGAUGCUGCUAAAGAUGUUCAAUCUUCUGCUUCUAACAUGAAACUGUUUCUCGUUCCAUCCAAGGGUAGAGAUGGCUCGUCGAGGCCACUCUACGAAAGCUAUGCAUCUGCCCUUUGGAAAGUGAGGGAUCAGGUGUUAUCGAUGACGGGGUCGUCGUUUUCAAGAACAGUUUCUGAGCGUGAGUGGUUGAAGAACUCUGGCAAGGUAUGGGAACUAAUCAAGAAUUCUCCGACCAUCGCAGAUUAUUGCACAACGCUUCAAACAUCUGGUUUAUAUAGGAAAUAGUUAUCUCUUUUUUGUUUAAAUCAACAUUAACUAACCACUUUUCAUAGCUAUUUUCUCCAUAUUCUGCUCAUAGUAUUUUCAUUUGCUCAAAAUCUGCUUACCUUUUAUAUC